GCUGAUCCAACGCUGCUCUUCCGGUGGAGACGUGGCUCUGUACUUCUGCCAUAUUAACGCUAGCAGCUAACAAUCACACAACUUAGGUUCGGCUGUUUAUUCGCACCGUACUAUCUUUGAGUGACUAGAAAUCCCCAAAACAAGAAAAGGACAAGACACAGAAGAUCGCCGUGCACUAGAAAGAGACCAAAAUGGUGCUGUUGGCAGCGGCGGUGUGCACCAAGGCUGGCAAAGCCAUUGUAUCGCGGCAGUUUGUCGAAAUGACUCGAACACGUAUUGAGGGUCUUCUGGCUGCAUUCCCUAAACUGAUGAACACAGGCAAGCAACACACCUUUGUGGAAACAGACAGUGUCCGCUACGUGUACCAGCCUCUGGAGAAACUCUACAUGGUCCUCAUCACCACUAAGAACAGCAACAUCCUGGAGGACCUGGAGACCCUCAGACUCUUCUCUCGUGUGAUCCCAGAAUACUGUCGUGUGCUGGAAGAGAGUGAGAUAUCAGAGCACUGUUUUGACCUGAUCUUUGCCUUCGAUGAGAUCGUGGCACUGGGCUACAGAGAGAACGUGAACCUGGCUCAGAUUCGGACCUUCACAGAGAUGGACUCCCAUGAGGAGAAGGUUUUCCGUGCUGUCAGAGAGACUCAGGAAAGAGAGGCUAAGGCAGAAAUGAGGAGGAAGGCCAAGGAACUACAACAGGCUAGAAGGGACGCUGAGCGUUCAGGAAAGAAGGUGCCAGCUUUUGGCGGCUUUGGCAGCGCUGGCAUGACCAGCGUCUCCUCAGGGUCCAUCAUCACAGACACCAUCGUCGAGCCUGAGAAGCCCAAGAUCACACCAGCUCCAGUCAGACCAAGUGGACCCAGCAAGGCCCUUAAACUGGGUGCUAAAGGGAAAGAGGUGGACAACUUUGUUGACAAACUCAAGUCUGAGGGAGAAACCAUCAUGCCCUCCACAGGAAAGAGAGGCUCAGAUGUAUCUAAAGUUCUACCACCACCAGUCAAUGUGGAGAGUGUACAUCUGCGUGUGGAAGAAAAGAUCUCACUUACCUGUGGUCGUGACGGCGGCUUACAGAACAUGGAGGUGCUGGGUCUGGUGACGCUUCGGGUCACAGACGAUAAGAACGGGCGCAUCCGCCUCAUAAUCAACAAUAACGACAACAAAGGACUUCAGCUGCAGACACAUCCUAAUGUUGACAAGAAGUUAUUCACAGCUGAGUCAGUGAUCGGCUUGAAGAACCCAGAGAAAUCCUUCCCUCUCAACAACGAUGUCGGUGUGCUCAAGUGGAGACUACAGACCACAGACGAGUCUCUCAUACCUCUAACCAUAAACUGCUGGCCUUCAGAGAGUGGUAGUGGCUGUGAUGUCAACAUUGAAUACGAGCUGCAGGAGGAAAGCCUCGAACUCAACGAUGUGGUGAUCAGCAUUCCUGUACCGUCUGGUGUGGGAGCUCCUGUGAUCGGCGAUCUAGAUGGAGAGUACAAACACGACAGCAGGCGAAACGUCCUGGAGUGGUGCCUACCUGUCAUCGAUGCCAACAACAAGACGGGAAGCCUGGAGUUCAGCGUCGCCGGGCAGCCCAAUGACUUCUUUCCCAUCAACGUGUCCUUUGUGUCCAAACGCAACUACUGCGACAUCCAGGUUACCAAAGUGACUCACGUAGACGGCGACAGCUCCGUUAGAUUCUCUUCAGAAACCUCCUUUGUUGUUGACAAAUACGAAAUCCUGUAAAAAAGAAAAUAUUCAGAGAAAAUUACAAAAAAUAAAAAAAAUCACCAACGGGGGAUAAAAGUCCAAAUCUAUGCUACAGAGAAAGAUUGAAGAUUUUCUUGCCUGCCCACCCUGUAUACUAUUUCAGAGACUGUGUACAUCGACAGGACUACGCCUCCUCCUGUGGUGGAGCAGAGCAGCGGUGGUGUAUUUAUAUGUUUGUAUGAGAGAGGAUCAUCUAUAUAUAGAGUAAAUUGAGCAGGAGAAACCAACAAACACACAAACAAACACAAAAUCCCACACUGAUGCUGUUGUGUUGGCUGAGCAGAACUGUUCAGAGGACUUCUGAGUAAGUAGAGGAUGACUGCGGCGGUCAUCUUCAUCCCGAGGCCAUGUCAGCCUUCACUCGAAUUAAUGAGCGCUGGUAGUUUAGCAUCCUCCACAACCUCGUCUUCUUCACACUUCAUUGACAAAUCUUUAACAGGGGUUCUUUCUUUUAUUUCAUAGCCUCUUAUCCAUAAUAACUGCAGAACUGUAGCUGUGUCAAUCAUGGUAAGCCUCUUUAAUCCAUUGUGAUUUGAUUAUUGAUAUCUCACUUCUUUUUUCUCUCUGUGGUGAGGAGUUUUUGGUCCUUUGCUGAAUGAAAAUCUGGCUCUCUGCUUGGUAUACUGUCUGUUCUGUCAGCAAAACCUGUUUCAUUUCUAAUAUUUUUACUCUUUGCUGUAUAAUUUGUUGAAUGUUUACCACUCAUCUGGAUUUUGAAGUUUUGACAGUAAAGAGCAGGAUUUUCCCUUCAUGUUCACACAUUACAUCAGCAUUAUAAUUUUAUUUUUACUGUGACACCAUUGCAGCCACUCCUCACUUUGUACAGACGUGAUUUUCUCUGGUCCAUUUAAGUCAAAGGAUCAGCCCUCACAUCUCACAGAGCACAAAUACUUUGAACGCAGCCCAGAAACAACAUCCAAGCCCCUAAUCUGACAUUCCUCUAGAUUCAUCUAAGAUCUGAGGAAGGAGAAAAUGUAAUGGCAUCACAAACACACAUAGCAGGGAUUGUGCUGUAAAACUCUGCUGUUCAUCCACCCAGUCAUCCUUUACUUACAUUCUCACAGAACAUCAUUAUUCAACAUGUAACAUUUGUCUGUCAUGUUCUUGUUUGUUUUUGUUUAUCUUUUUUUUUCAUUUGUACUCCCCAAAUUUCAAUUUAGCGAUGGUUGUGUGGACACGGUUGGGGUUGAAAAUGACUAGAUUUGAGCAUUUUUAACAAAAUUUCUGAAGGGGAAUCUUAACAUUCCAGUGUACAAUUAGAAAAGAAGAAUCUUUAAUGGAAUAAAAUGUAUUAUUGAAAAUGUAA